AAAAUUUUCAUCAUCUCUGCCGCAGAUCCUUUGAUCUCGGUCAAAUAAUUCGGAUUUUCUACGUUUAAAGUGCACGAAACCGGACUGAAAAGAACGCCGCUAGGUAACUCUCAGCCAUGAACAGCAUGGAGCGUCCGUUUGCCAAUCCGGCAACACCCGUCGCUCGGCAGCCCAGCCUGGACGACAUGAAUUUGGACCAGUUUCUGAAGAUCUCCAACUACGAGGACACGGUCAAACAGCUGGAUAUAUACUACGGAAUUGUCAAGCGCCAACUGUUGCAGUUUCAGAGUCCGAUUACCGGGUUGUUUCCGGUUUUGAGCACCGACCGGGAGGUCGGCAGCGUUCGGGACAGUGUUUACUGUGCGGCUGCCAUCUGGAGUCUCUAUCAGGCGUAUAGACGCAUAGACGAUGACCGCGGUAAAUCGUACGAGUUGGGUCAGUCGGCCGUUAAGUGCAUGCGGGGUAUUCUGGAGUGUUGGAUCAAACAGGCUCACAGGGUGGAGAAGUUCAAAUCCCGACAGUGUGCCGUCAAUGCGCUGCAUUGCAAGUUUCACCUGGACAUGGGAGAGGAAAUCUAUUCGGACGAAAAGUACAAUCAUUUGCAGAUCGAUGUUGUCUCAAUCUACCUCAUAUUCCUAGUACAAAUGAUAUCUUCGGGGCUACAGAUCAUCUACACACAGGACGAGGUGGCAUUUGUGCAGAAUUUGGUAUACUACGUGGAGCGUGCCUACCGUACGCCGGACUACGGCAUGUGGGAGCGUGGUUCCAAGUACAAUGAUGGAACGCCGGAAAUCCAUGCUUCCUCGAUUGGAAUGGCCAAGUCGGCACUGGAAGCCAUCAAUGGGUGCAAUCUUUUUGGCGAGAAGGGUGCCUCGUGGAGUGUCGUUUACGUGGAUAUCGAUGCGCACAACCGUAAUCGGAGUAUUUUUGAAACCAUGUUACCUCGGGAAUCGAGUUCGAAGGGAGUGGAUGCUUCGUUGAUUCCGACGCUUUCGUUUCCGGCAUUCGCCUCGCACGAGGAUCGAUUGGUAGAUCUGACAAAGAACAACGUCAUCAAGCGAUUGAGAGGCAAGAAGGGCUUCAAACGAUUCAGCCGGGAUGGUUACCUGUCCCGGUUGGAGGACAAAACGAGACGAUACUAUCACAAGGGGGAGAUUAAGGAUUUCGAAAACUUUGAGUGCGAGUGGCCAAUUUUUUACACCUAUAUGAUCAUCGACGGAGUGUUCAAGAACAAUUUGGAACAGAUCGAGGAGUAUCAGAUGGAGUUGAGGAAGUGCAUGCAUUCGGAUGUUAAUGGGGACCCAGUGGUAUCGAUGUGCUACGCACCGGAUGGUGACGGUAUGUAUACUCGAGCCUCGUCGCAGUCGCUGUUCCUCUGGGGUCAAUCGGUGUUCAUCAUCGCCCAGCUGCUGACCGCCGGGCUGCUGCACAUCAACGAAUUGGACCCGAUUCGUCGCUAUCUGCCGUCCUACAAUCGUCCCCGCAAGGGCGGUCGUUACUCCGCUUUCCAGGCUAAGCCAGGAAUUCGUACAAAAAUAGGAAGUGCCCUAGCAAUAAUGCACCGUCCAUUGUCGCCGGAUGGUACCGUAAUAUUAAAGCGAAACGGUACGAGCACUGGCAAUGGCAAUGGCAAUGGCUGUGCUAGUAGGAAUGAAGGCAUCUGCAAUGAUAGCGUCGAAGCCAAUGUGGUUGACUUCAGCGGCAGUAGGGACUCCGAUCCCGGGCACUCGGAGGCAUCGGAAGCGGUGGAUAAGAAGCGCGGCACGGCUACCGACCUGGUGGUGCAAAUAGUGCUGAUCACCGAAUCGAUGCGUCUGCAAGCGAUGAUGGCCACCUAUGGCAUUCAAACCCAAACACCUCAUGAGGUCGAACCCGUCCAAAUCUGGUCCUCCACUCAGCUGAUCAACGUGUACCAACAGCUGGGAGUAAACGAUAAAAUUGGUCUUACCGGGCGACCUCCGCGUCCCGUUGGUUCUCUGGGAACCAGUAAGGUUUACCGCAUUUGCGGUAUGACAGUGCUCUGCUAUCCACUGAUCUUUGAAGUGUCCGAUUUCUACCUGUAUCGGGACAUGGCACUGCUGAUCGAUGACAUCAAAACGGAACUUCAAUUUGUCGGGAAGUAUUGGCGCCUGUCGGGACGACCCACGGUCUGCUUGCUGAUUCGCGAGGAACACAUGCGCGAUCCUCAAUUCAAGGAAAUGAUUGACCUGCUGGCCAUGCUGAAGAAGGGUUAUUGCGACGGAAUGAAGGUUCGCCUCGGUCGUCUCCAGAAUCUCAUCUCGAGUUCCUGUAUUGAACAUUUGGAUUUCAUGUCCCAAUCAGAUCUGCCCGAUUCUACCGAGAGUGCAUUUGCACAGAUUCACCAUGACUACAUCGGGUACCAAAGCCUGACCGAUGUCCCGAGGGCACAAUCCUAUCGGGAGAAAAAGAUCAUCGCCCAAGAUUAUCAGAACAAACCGACGCCGGACGUGAUCGAAGCAUUGAGGAACACGGAGUCGAUCUUCUUGCAAUGUCAACUGUUGGGUAUAAUUCUACAUCGUGAAGGUGCUAACUAUGAGAUUGGCGGGGAUACGGUUCAUGCCCGUUUAACUGAUUUAUAUUAUCGGGCCGGUACUCUGCGCUACUGGCGGGCUGUCCGAUAUUGUAGCUCUCUAUUGCGACACAUCGUCGAUUCUAUUUCCCCCUUCAUCACAACCGUAUUGGUAAAUGGAAAGCAAAUUACGGUGGGCGUUAUUGGACAACGAGAAACGGUGUUUGAUAAACCGAUGACCCCUUCGGAGAUCCUUAACGUCAUGUACUCUACGGUGCAGCCAUACGAUGUGAUUCAUGCUGUGUUGCAGCAAGAAGUGGUGCUUUACUGCGGUCGUCUAAUCGCUACCAAUCCUGAUAUUUUCAAAGGAAUUCUCAAGAUUCGCGUCGGUUGGGUGCUGGAGGCUAUGAAGUUGUACCUUACCAUGACGGGAGAUGAAGAUGCAGACAUUGAAAAUUUAUCACCGUUCGCAAUCCGGAAGCUGCUGCUGAGGGUUCUGACUGUUAGCCAAUGGGCUUGUGACGACAGUUUCAGUGCUCUGCAGCGCCGUCAGCUGGAGGGGUGUCUCUUCCGUGUUCCACCCUCCCUGUACAACCACGUGUGGGACGUCCUGGAAAGAACGCCCCUCGGCAUUACCGUUCAGGAUCACAAUCUUCCGGCUGGGACCACUCUGACCAACAAGAGCCGUAGCGAGUUCUCAUUCGCUCUGCAGGUUGAAGAAAUGCUGAAUAAAAUCAGCCAACCGGAAAGGCGCCAGAUUGUCGUCGAGCUGUUGGUCAUUGUAGCCACGAUCCUGCGACGAAAUCCGGAGCUGCGGUUCAAUCAGAUCCUGGAUUUGGAUCUCCUGCUGGAGGAUUCAUUCACCAUGUACUGCAAGGACAAUGACUUACCACUGACGACGAAUAUCUCUCCGCUGUUCUCGCUGUCGCAGAAUCAGACCACCGGUUAUUUGGCUCGGGCAGCGGUGAAUAGCGUGCUGCAGAGGUGCGCUCUAGCCACGGAAGACUUUGCCGAGGAUGUCGAAGAUCACUGUCGAGUGCAGUAAUUGCGGGACGGUUUAAUAAAUAGCAGAUUGGGAAAAAAAAUGGUGCUCAAUGGCACUCCUCUUAAGAAUAGCCGGACAUAGUUUUAAAGCUGAGCUAAAUAUUACUGUUUCCUAACCGUUAGCUAUACGAUUUCAGGGCUUAGCUGCAACAGUUCGAUUAGAUUCCAAAGAAUUUUUUUUUAUACUUUUGGCCAUGAAUCAACAUUACAUUAGAGAUAUAAUACUGCCCAUAAAACCGUAACAGUCACAUGUUUGCUUGAUUCCCUAUUUAAAUGGGACUGUUAUGCAUUUAUGGGUAGCAUAGGAUUUUAAAAUAGAGUUUAUCUUUGCUAGGUCGCGAGCUUAUUGCAAAAAGAUGUUUUUUAUAUAGUUUUGGAAAUAAG